UCCACUUAUCAGCCGGUACCAUCGUUCCUGUCCUCGUCCCGGAGCAGGCCUGGCUGGACCGGUUCUCGUGGGAAAGCCCACUCACCAGCAUCCCUUUGCUCAGUGCUGUCCGUUGCUUUCCACUGCAAUAACCUCUACGCGCUAAUCUCCCUAGCCCCAUCGUGGCGGCUCUUAUCGAUUGCAACAAAUUUUUGAGGAGUCUCAUUACCCUUGACCUUUGCUACCUCAAAAUUGGAGACGAAGUCUCACUUGCGUUCAGUUCUCUUCCUGCGCAAUUGUGUCUUCGUCAUGGUGGCCUUGGGAGCCUCAAAUCGACCCGUUGGGGGCGCCAUGGUCAGGGCAUUCCGAGGGUUUCUCCCUGUGGUCAUUACUGGCUUGCUCUUCUUGUUUCUUCACGGUCUGUUCGGGAGCAGUUCAUACCGGGCGAUAGGAGGAACGUUCCCAGAGAAGAUUUGGCAGACCUGGAAGAUCGAUGCCGCAGGCCUCGAUCCCAAAGACGCGGCUCGAGUGCGGACAUGGACAGUCAAAAACCCGAAGUACAGAUACGAGCUCCUGACCGACGACAACGCCCUCAGCUACGUCAAGCAUCAUUACGGUCCCAACGGCAUCAACAGACCUGAUAUCGUACAUGUCUAUGAAACACUGAACGCGAAAAUCAUUCGGGCCGAUCUCCUACGAUACCUUGUCAUGUACGUCGAAGGAGGCGUGUAUGCCGAUAUCGACGUCGAAUGUCUGAAGCCGGUGGAUGGCUUCAUUCCCAACAGAUACGACGUCAAGGACAUUGACAUGGUGAUUGGUAUCGAAACCGAUAUGCCAGAUUUCAAGGACCACCCCGUGCUUGGCCAGAAGUCUCAAUCAUUCUGUCAAUGGACCUUUAUGGGCAAGGCUAGGCUGCCGGUCAUGAUGAGAUUGGUUGAGAAUAUCAUCGCGUGGCUUAACUCGGUCGCGAAGAAGCAGGACAAGCCCAUUUCGCAGAUCGAGCUUGACUUCGACGAAGUGCUUAUUGGCACCGGGCCUUCUGCAUUCACCAAGGCUGUGCUUGCAGAAAUGUCUGCGCAGACGGGUAGGGAUGUGACGUGGGAAGAGUUCCAUGACUUGUCCGAUUCGAAGGUCGUUAGCGGCGUCCUGGUGCUUCCUUCCGAGUCCUUCGCUGCCGGAACUGGACACUCAGCGUCUGGCAAUCAUGACGGAAAGAGCGCACUCAUCAAACAUCACUUCCACGCCUCGUCUUGGCCCACCAACCACCCCAGAUUCAAGCACCCGAUCUACGGCGAGGUGGAAAGAUGCAACUGGAACCCUGAAUGCGUGAAGCUAUGGGAUUCCAAUACUGCCUUCUUCAACUCCCUCCCUGAACAAGAACAACUCAAGCUUGUCCACAUGAAGGAGCUUGAAGAUGCGAAACGUCCUCUCGUGAUGGACGACCAAGGGCCUAUCGGAGGAAUGGCUCCUGUGGCUGGUAUGCCUCCGGCGCCUGCGGCAGCGGCAGACGGCGCGGUAGGAGAGGUGGCACUUCCUCCUGGAGCAGCACCGGCAGACGACUUGUCACUUCCUGCUGUUGAUGUUGGAGGCAAGGGCUCUGGAAGGGACUCCAAAGCGAAGGAAGCAGACAAAGAUGCCAAAGCAAAAGAUCCGAAGAAGGACGUCAAGCAGUAGAAGCGAGCCGAAGUGACGGCAUUCGCCAAUUGUGUGCCCGAGCUCUUAUUCCAGCAUGCAAAACGUCGAGAGCGGAGAUCCCUGCGAUGCUUCCAGAAACUCAGCCGCAUAUACCGGCAUCGAUCGUUCUUCAGUGUUGCCAUUAUGCACUUGGUAUACGACCGAAUCUUGCAGAGGUUCAAGAUACGCCGGACCCAGACCCUUCGCGCCAGAGUGCAACCGGGCCUAACAUUAUGGAAGACAAGGCUUGUGGGAAACACGAUUAUCAUGAAAUUGUAGACACAUUCGAGAUCGAAUGGCUGACGAUGGCGUUGGAAGGAACAUGUCUUGGGCUGGUAAUGGGUUGUCGCUUGGACUUAUGGUCCUUUGGUACAGCGACAUGUCUCAAUGCAUGCUAAACAUGGCUGCUGGGAGUUUAUACGGACUGUGGUAUGCGACUUUCAAGUUGCAAGAGACCUUGUUAGAGCUGUACGAAUUGAUAAAGUGUC